UUCCGCUGGCUCUGUGAUAGGCUGGUUCCGAAGGAGUUGCAGGAGGCAGAGGUCGUGAAGACAAGAUUGAAGCAUGGCGGCUCUAGUAAGGAGCUUAGUGAGCUUCCCACUUAAAUACAAUGGUUAUGUUCGUCAUCGUAUUGUAUCUUCCAGAUCGAUGGCCUCUAAAGCAACAGUGGGAUUUGUUGGACUGGGUAACAUGGGUAAUCCAAUGGCACAGAAUCUCAUAAAGCAUGGCUACCCCAUUAUUGCUACUGAUGUCUUCCCAGAAUCGUGCAAAGCAAUACAGGAUUUAGGAGCACAGAUCGUGGACUCUCCUGUUGAAGUGGCUGAACGAGUUGAUCGAGUUAUAACCAUGUUACCAUCAAGUCCAAAUGUGAUUGAAGUGUUUACUGGUGUCAAUGGCAUUUUGAAGAAAGUCAAGAAGGGAUCAUUGCUCAUAGAUUCGAGCACUAUUGACCCUGUAGUUUCUAAGGAAAUAGCCAAAGCAGCAGAAAAGACUGGAGCGUUAUUCAUGGAUGCGCCUGUAUCAGGAGGUGUUGGUGCUGCUCGAGCUGGCAACCUCACAUUCAUGGUUGGCGGAUUGGAAGAAGAAUUUAAUGCAGCUAAAGAAUUGCUGAGCUGUAUGGGAACCAAUGUGGUUUACUGUGGAGGGGUUGGAACAGGACAGGCAGCAAAGAUCUGUAACAACAUGCUCCUCGCCAUUAGUAUGAUCGGAACUGCUGAAACAAUGAAUCUAGGAAUCAGGAUGGGGCUUGACCCGAAGCUUCUGGCGAAAAUUCUGAAUAUGAGCUCGGGUCGUUGCUGGUCAAGUGAUACCUACAACCCGGUACCAGGAGUGAUGGAUGGUGUGCCUUCUGCUAAUGAUUACCAAGGUGGAUUUGCUACAGCCUUAAUGGCAAAGGAUCUAGGAUUGGCACAAAACUCUGCCACAAACACUAAAACCCCUGCACUAUUGGGAUCAUUGUCUCAUCAGGUUUACAGGAUGAUGUGUGCACGAGGUUACACACAGAAAGAUUUCUCAUCAGUGUUUCAGUUCCUGCGUGAAGAAGAAAACUUAUAAACCAGUCCCGCUUCAAAAUGCAUCUUGGAAAAUGUAGUCUUGAGAGUUUGUCAAUGAAUGGUCAACUAACUUCAGUUAUCUAACGUAACAAAGACAGUAAUAGCCUCAAAUCAUGAUCCCAAUGUUACUGGCAAGUUUCCUAAAGAAUGUGCACCCAGAAGUCGCUAUAUUAACUGUGGGAUUAGAUAAUAAAAACAUUUUGAAACUGGAUUGCAAACUAGAUGAUCAGGAAGAUUUAAGGUAUGAGCCUGUUACAUAUUAUGUAGUCUGUUGAUUUGUUACAGAGGGGAAGGUAAGGAAUUAACUUUUUGUUUUAAACUUUGAGUUUCAAUGCCAUGUCAAGUAUUGAUAUGUAAUGAAUUUUCAUUUUACCUUUGAAUUUUGUUUCCCUGGAUCAUAAAUUGAUCAGAGUCAAUUACAUAUUAUAAAUGUAAUAUAACUACUAUUUUUUCUUUAAAUAUUAAAUUAAAAUGUAAUGAUAAAUUGAAAUAAAAUUAUAUUAAUCA